AAGUCAUAAUAUCACGAGGCUAGGGUUCCGACGCUGCGAGCAAGAACCUCUCGUUGCCGCCGGCCGCUAGCUCGAAGAGAAGAGAGAUGGGAGGGAAGUGUCCGCAUAGAAGGGUGAAGAAGCGGAGAUUCUCGCAUAAGACGGAUCGCCGCUCCAAAUUCCUCCUCAAAGGUGAUGAUAUGGUGUACGGCGAGCUUUUGAAGCUAGCGGAGGGGGCAGAGGCGAAGCCCCAGCCGCUGGAUGAAGACCUCCCCGGGAUGGGCCAAUUCUAUUGCCUCCACUGCGAUCGAUAUUUUGCUAAUAAGGAUGUGAGAGAUGAGCAUUUCCGGUCAAAGCGCCACAAGAAACGGAGAGCUUCUUCUAGAGGCGUGAGGGAACAGAUACCUGAAAUGGAUCUUUUUUAGCAAAGGGUGAAGCAAAUGAUGGGACCUGCUCCACACACUCAGCUAGAUGCUGAGCUCGCUGCCGGAAUGGGAAUGCCUGAUAAUGGUCCGAAGCUCAUGUCACCAUGAGCCCUUCAGUUUUGUAGGCGUUUCUGCCAUAAAAGCAUGUAAAGUCUGGAGCCUGAUAACAAUUUUCAGUAUAGGUAGCAUAAGUGGAAGGCUUUCUGAUUGACAAAGAGGAUGCCGGCAGAAUCUUUUUACCGUUGUGUUACACCACUUAGUCAAAAGGAGCCGUCAUUUAUAAUUAAAGUCAUUUAUAAUUAAAUGGUAUAAAUUAUGUCCCAUUUUUCCCUGUGCUUUGUUAGUGAAUUUUCUUUUCCCCUGUUUUUGAAGUAGUCAUAAUUUUAGGUGAAAUGCAACAGUGUGCUCGGUAUUCUUGA